AUGACAAGAAAACGAAAAUCUUUUAUUGAUGACGAUGAUUUCACUGGUUGCCCAUUGAUAGGAGCACCUGAUCCGUUGACUGGAGAGCCAAUUAAAGUACCUAUGAUGGAUGAUACGGGUUAUGUACUUGAUAUUCAGACUUGGAGAGAAAUUUUCAAAGAAAAUAUAAUUCCGCCAAGACCAAUUUACAUAAAUUCAGAAAAUGAUCUCAUAGAAAUCACUAAUAGAAACUUUAAGAGCUAUAGAUUGCAAGUUACUAAUAUUCCUUGCUAA